AUGCUUCGUUUCUUUAACGCCCCACACAAGGACAAGAAUGAGAUUGGCCUCCCUUCGCAGGAGCAUGGCUACGAACCUAUCGGGAACCAUGCCGGGUUGCUGGAUAGCACAAAGGACGGCUACGAGAUUUUUAAAGUGUCGCGGGACGAGAUCUCUAAGACAAGCCCCAACCUGCCAUUUAUUGUUAAUAAUAAGGGCGAUAUUGAAACUCUACUCAGCUUCAUCGCCGGAUCCAACAUUAUAACCAAGACUAUUCUCUCCUGCCUGUCUACAGCACUCGGCUUAACGGGGGCAGCCCGUCUCGAAUACAGCCACCGCAACGAGCACAAAUCCAACAGCUCACUAGCUAUGUUCCGUUACAUCCCUGGCAGCUUAACGACAAGCAAAGAGAUCGGCCAUCAGAAGCACACCGACAUUGGAUCUCUUACCCUGUUGUUCUCGGAGCAGUGGGGGCUGCAAGUGCUUCCUCCUCAGUCUUCCACCUGGGCCUUUGUCGAGCCACGGCCGGGGCAUGCAGUUAUCAACGUAGGGGAUUCGCUUCGGUUUGCAUCUGAACAUAUGCUUUAUUCGUGUGUCCACCGGGUUGUCCCCUUUAAUACUGCCGAUGAUCGGUACAGCAUCGCCUAUUUCCUCCGGCCCGAGAACGAUGCCAAGUUCCUCGACAGCCAGGGACGUUGGGUAACGGCUAGUCAGUGGCACGACGAGAAGUACGACGUCUUCAAGGUUUCUCAUGGACAGCACAGUCCGGCGGAUGCCAUACUUCUUGGCGGGAUGGCUUAA